UUAAUAUAAAUACGACACUAGCUACACUAUGAUCAUCAUCACCACACUUUGAUCAUAUCCCUAGGAUCAUAAUCAAAAUGUUUAAACGUUUAGUUCUCUUUGUAUCAUUACUUUUAAUCACUUCCGAUGUUGUUCAUGGAUCCUUAUCGCUCAUCAAAUCAUCAUGUACCGCCACCUUGUAUCCACACCUUUGCUACUCCACCCUAUCAUCCACCAUCCCACCUACCACCACUGCAACUAAAAAAGAUUUGAUCCAACUCACCAUCAACAAAACAAAGGACACCAUCCAAUCCAGUCUUAACACCAUAAACCACCUCGCGACCAACGCCAAUCUCACCAACCGGGCCAAAGCCGCUCUCCAUGACUGCUUAGAGCUAGGAGCUGAAACCCUACGACGAAUCGACAUGGUGAUCCAAGACCUCAAGACGUAUCCAACAACGAAACCUCUUCGCCCCAGACAUGCAGAUGAUCUUAAAACGUUCAUGAGUACCGCCAUCACCAACAAAGAAACCUGCUUGGAUGGCUUAUCUCACGAUGCACCAUCUAAGCUGCUGCGCAAAUCAAUAUUUAAAGGUCAAGACCGUGGAGGAAAGAUGUGUAGCAAUGUACUAGCUAUGAUUAAGAACAUGACAGAAUCCGAUAUGGCAUCAGAUGUCAAAAUUAAAAUGGUUAAGGGGGAGGAGAUCAUGUGGCCAGAGUGGUUGUCUGCGGGAGACAGGAGGUUGUUGCAGUCGGGGACGGAAACACCAAAUGUAUAUGUGGCAGCUGACGGUAGUGGAGACUAUACGACAGUGGCGGCGGCUGUAGCAGCAGCACCAUCCAAAAGCGCAACCAGGUACGUGAUAAAAAUAAAGGCGGGUGUUUACAGGGAGAAUGUCAAUAUUCCAAGCGGCAAAACAAACUUGAUGUUUAUCGGGGACGGAAGAAGUAACACAAUUAUUACGGCAAGCGAGAGCGUUGCCGGCGGUAACACCACCUUCAACUCUGCAACCGUAGCCGCGGUGGGUGAUGGAUUCUUGGCCCGAGAUAUUACGUUUCAAAAUGCCGCAGGGCCGUCUGGGGAACAAGCUGUUGCACUACGUGUUGGAUCUGAUUUAUCAGCAUUCUAUAGAUGCGGUAUCCUAGCCUAUCAAGACACCCUUUACGUCCACUCCAAUCGCCAGUUUUACUACAGCUGCAUGGUGGUGGGCACAGUUGAUUUCAUUUUUGGCAAUGCAGCAGUUGUCCUACAAGACUGCGAUAUCCAAGCCCGUCUCCCCGGUCCCAAGCAAAAGAAUAUGCUCACAGCUCAAGGACGAACAGACCCUAACCAAAACACGGGCAUUGUUAUCCAGAAAUGUAGAAUUGCUGCAACCUCUGACCUCCAACCUGUUCAAGGGAGUUAUCCAACGUAUCUGGGAAGGCCAUGGAAGUUGUAUUCGAGAACAGUGGUGAUGCAGUCAUCCAUUACUGAUGUGAUCAACCCUGCAGGAUGGUACCCGUGGGAUGGGGACUUCGCGCUUGACACGCUGUAUUACCGAGAGUACAAAAACACCGGGGUUGGGGCUGAUACGUCUAAAAGGGUCACAUGGCCAGGGUGGGGUGUGUUUACAAGUGAUGCAGAAGCCCAGAGUUUUACUCCUGGAAGCUUCAUUGACGGAGGUAGUUGGUUGCAGUCUACUGGUUUCCCUUACUCGCUUGGCUUGUAAUGCUUGCUACUUAUGCGUAUUGAUGGCGUUCCUGUAAUACUUUUAGUUCCUAAUAAAAGCCAUUGGGCUUAAUUUGUGCAGCAGGAUGUAUUGUAUCAUCACCAUCAUUUCAUAAAUAUUAUUACAAGCUAGUAUGAUGCACGUAA